GUUCAUAUUAACAACUCAAAAAAAAGAAUCUUCUCUUUUUGAGCUUGAAGAAAGAAGUUUCUCUUUCCGACCCAUGAUCAACAGUUUUAGAUCCGGACCGUUGACCACGGACCGGUUCUGAGCCGGUUCACCUGAUUCCGAGUAAUCACUAAAGUGGGCUGCAGUGAUGGCGGAGCAAAAUCCCAAUCAUGGAGGCGGAAGAGCUGAUAAUCGAUCCACGCGGUGCCCGCACUGCGCCGGCCCCCUCACUAUGGAGAUGGAGACGAGCAAGUGGACCGUUACGCCACUCGUUAGAGACAGCUUCUCUAUGAUAGGAUCGGCGGUUGGGGGGAUAGCCGGCGCUUUCUACGGCUACAACCGUACUAUGCCCAUCGUUAGGAGGUGGAUUAAAGGGCCUAUGUGGUUGCAUUUCUUCAUUGGUGGACCACCUAUCAUUGUUUUCUCAUCAGGAUGUGCUGGGCUUGCAGGUGGUUCAGUUCCAGCUUUGGCUCAACUCGCAUCUUCAUCUUAUCAUGCCUUUCUGUCCUCACCACCAUCUCCACCUUCAUCCUCGUAGAACCUGGAUACUACUGGUUGUGGACUCUUUCCUGUUUAUUGCUGGUUCUUGUUGCUGGGGGAACAUUAUUAGUUUUGCUAGGGACGAGGAUUGCUAUUAUGAAAUCUUGCCACAUGUCUUUGUUUAGCUUGGGUAGUUUUGGGGAUCAUGUACGUCUCAUCACAUCAGCAAGCAACUAGUGGGCAUAGGGCGUAGUGUCAUUUGUAAUUCCUGCAAAUUAGAUUUCUAUGAAUGAGGAUGGUGAAAUAACACUCAAGAUGUAUUUUAUACAUGUAAAAAAUAUAGUAAAAAGCUGAUAUCUUAUACAUUCAAGAUGUCAGCUAAAAUUGCUCAAA